AGCAUCGCGAGACUGCCUUUUCCGGCCGCGGCCCCUGCCUCCCAACCGCCCGCGUCCGCUGCUAGCGAGCGCCGGGGAUGGCGAGCCUCGCAGCCCGGGCGGUGACGAGAGCAGGGGCUCCGCCAUUGGGUGAGAAGGCCUGAGGGACAGGCCGCCUUGACGCACGAGGAGACACCGAAGCGGGUGGCCCCUCGAGAGUGAGGGCCAUGGAGGCCAACAUGCCGAAGCGGAAGGAGCCCAGCAAGUCUCUCCGCAUCAAAGUCAUCUCCAUGGGCAACGCCGAAGUGGGCAAAAGCUGUAUUAUAAAGCGCUACUGUGAGAAAAGAUUCGUGUCCAAAUACCUUGCAACAAUUGGAAUCGACUACGGAGUCACAAAGGUACAAGUCAGAGACAGAGAAAUCAAAGUUAACAUCUUCGAUAUGGCUGGACAUCCCUUCUUCUACGAGGUUCGCAACGAGUUUUACAAGGACACGCAGGGCGUGAUCCUGGUCUACGACGUCGGGCAGAAGGAGUCCUUUGAUGCCCUGGAUGGGUGGCUGGCAGAAAUGAAGCAGGAGCUUGGGCCUCACGGGAACAUGGACAGCGUCGUUUUCGUGGUGUGCGCCAACAAGAUCGACUGCGCCAAGCACCGCUGUGUCGAUGAAAGUGAAGGGCGGCUCUGGGCCGAGAGCAAAGGGUUCCUCUACUUUGAGACCUCCGCCCAAACUGGAGAGGGCAUCAAUGAGAUGUUCCAGGCCUUCUACGUCUCCAUAGUCGAUUUAUGUGAAAAUGGCGGGAAACGUCCUACCCCAAACAGCAGCGCUGGCUUCACCAAAGAACAAGCAGACACCAUCCGCAGAAUUCGGAAUAGCAAAGACAGCUGGGACAUGCUGGGUGUCAAACCCGGGGCCUCCAGGGAGGAAGUCAACAAAGCCUAUCGGAAGCUCGCUGUGCUCCUGCACCCCGACAAGUGCGUGGCACCGGGUAGCGAAGACGCCUUCAAAGCGGUUGUGAACGCCCGGACGGCCCUGCUGAAAAGCAUCAAGUAGGGGAGCAGGGACAGUGAGCCGGGACUCGGGUGCACACCACCUUCCCCGGAGGUGAGGUGACCGUCGGGGACUUUGUUCACACAGUGUCACCACUCUGUUCACUCAUGCGCUGCCGUGUGUACACCAGUGGCCUGGGGCCCGUGGGCGCUCACAGGUGUUAACAGCGAGACGCCCCGCGUCUGUAGGAGGUGAAGACACCGCGUGUCCCCGUGUGCCGCACCCCAUUUCCCAUCGCCAUGCCAUUCGAGGUGUCACCCUUCAUCCGUGAGCCCGGUAGUGGUGCUGUCCCUGGCGCUUCUUCUGGGAAGGGCCACACGGUCCCUGGAGGGAAGAAAGACACAGCCAGACCCAUUUUUUCUCUUCCUUCUCUUUUUUUUUAAAUUCAUCACCAGAGAAAAAAAGAAAAAUAGGAGAGAAAAACCCAAAAAGUAGCAGAGAACACCCACGCCCUGAGGGUUUGACGUGACCUUUCCAGGCGCUCCCUGAACUGAGAGUUCUUUGUGUGUCCCCUUGCACAAGGUCAGUGUCCCUGAACCUCGGGGGGGCCCUCCGAGGUUAGGGCCUGAAGGACAGUCCCUGUGUGACAUCCCCUCUUCCCUCCACCAGGGGGAGAGCCGAGCCCUGAGAGAGAGAGUUGCAGAGCCCGCUGCUCUGCCUGCCCUCCUGUGCCCAGCGAGGCUUCCUUUGCCCUGCAGAGGAGCCCAGCGGAGGCGGCUCACACCUGGGAGCGAGGAUCAGAGCCCAGGGCAGCGGCUCGGGGCCCUGCCCGUGACACUCCGCACAGGCCCGGGCCAAGGCGGCCUCGCAGAGUGUUUUGGGGCGCCAGCAGAGUCCUGUCUGAGGUCCAGCCCUUUUCCUGCUGCUCAGCGUUUGCGGAGGCAGGAGGGAGGGCCAGGUCCUCCUUGGCAAACCUGGCCUCUCCUCUGACGCAGUUUCUCCCUUGACCCCUUACCCCCUACCCUCUUCUCCUUAGCUACUCCGUCCACAUCUGCCACCAGGUCCCGCUCGCCUUGAAUCACCGGCUUCCAGCCGCAGUCCCUGUCCUCCCUCCAGGCUUUGACACGGCCUGGCUGACCCGAGAGACUAGGGACUGUCCAAGGCCUGAGUGGGGCCGAAUCUGUCAUUUCUGCUUGGGCUCCAAGUUUCUCAGCAGUCGUAUUUUUUUAACUACAGGUUAUGAAAUCUAAUCUCACGCAGAGGAAUAUGUUCUCGGGCCACAGUCCCCUCCUCAGGACGUGGGGUGGAGGCGGAUCAAGUAUUAGGGCUGACGCUUCUUCCCGUGUCCACAGCGCUGUCUCCUACAUGACUCAUGACAUCACCGUCCCUGUGUGUUACUCACCAUGUUAGUGGCAACCACUUGCACUAACUGGAGCUUUGAAGGAUGUAAGAUGUUGCUUCUCUGUGAAUUUUACACAGCUGUGCUAUAUCGAGUGCCAAGUAGCAUAAUCCAAGCCGCUGCAGUGUGGCGGCCUCUUCCCAAAGCAGCUCCACUUGGUUUGGCUACACUCAGGCUGCGUCAGAAACCAGAGCAUUGUUUUUAUCUUUUAUUUUUAUGUUCUUGUGGUGCUGGGGGUUGAACCCAUGGCCCUGUGCUUUAACCUCUGAGCUACACAUCCAGCCCUAGAGCAUUGCUUUGUAAUAUGAGUUUUCAUCUGGGUGAUAAUCCCAAAUGCUUAUUUUUCUAAUGAUUUGAGACCUGGUAUAUUGUUUUCUUACAGGAUUUCCCCGGCCUUUAAACUAGUGUCAAGGACGGCAGAACGUGGCCCAGAGUCCUUCUGGGACCUAGUUUUGCUUAAGCCCUUCCUCUUGCCUGAGGUCUUUGACACUUGUUGGCUCUAAAAGUAGAAUAUAGAAGUCAUGGAAGGAAGGGUUGUAUGCAGCAGCGUCUGCCCACAAUGACGGGACAGCCCACUGAGCAGGUGGCCAGUGUGACCACUGGGCCAGUAUUCAUCGUGAUUCUUAAACUCUCAGUCCAUCACCUCAUUUGGCCACGUUGUGCAGAUGAACAGCCAUAUAGAGGGAAUUUUCUAGGGCUUCCAUUCAUACCCUUAGAAGUGACUUGUCAAACUUGAGCCGUUGCUUGAUUCUUAGGGCCUUUUGAUUCAGUUUCCAAGACCUUCAUUAUUAAUGUGCAGGAUGCCAUAUGCUGAUUCAUGUUUGCAAAACAUGAGAGUGUUAAGCCUGAGGUCCUAGAAUUUUUGUGAUUUUCAGUACGUCAGCAGACCAGUAAGAAAUAACAAAGCAUGAUUUUCAAUGAAAAGGUCUUUUGGUAUUAACUGCGUGCAAAACUUGACAGAUCUCUAUGCAUUCAUUUAAAUUCUUGGUGCAGAUGUAUGCUUUUUGUAGUUCAAUCUCAUUAAAAGUUCUCCAGCCUGUUAAGAUUUCAAAACUACAUCAGUGAGAAUCACAACAAGCAGCAUAAUAAUUUCAAUAGCUGAAAAGUAUGCAUAAAGAACCUUGUUUUUCAAAAAAGAAUUAAAAGUUUGAACAGCUAUUAUUACUAAAAAGCUGUGUCUUCUAUAUCUGAGUCACCAAGAAGUAACACUUUUUAAACCCAUUAAAAAUCCCUGGAGGCAUUUCAGCUUAAUCUUCCAACCUACCUAAGCACUUUAAAAUACUCCCUCGUCCUGUUUCUCUGUUUGUCUCUGUGCCUCCUCUUGAUGUCAACUGUCAGUGUUUCUUUUGCUUUAGUACUGUCAUUUUAUUUUGUCAUGUAGAUGUGUCCUUUGGCUGAUGAGCCUGUUAACUUAAAAGUCCAGACUUGGGGGGCUUCGUGUUGCUACCUAAGAUAAACUGCUAGACUCUGGCUUGCACACCAUUCUUUAAAGCUUGCAUUUAUCUCAGGAAACUUAGUCCAGUAUGUUCCCAUCUACUGAAUUCCCAAGUGUCAAAGCUUUCUUUAUACCUGUGCACUAGUUCCUAACUCGCUAUUAGUUAAACGAGCCAUAGGCAAGGCAGCUGAAUGUCUGAAAGAUGACCAGAGCAGGGCCUGCAGGUGCAGAGUCAGGGAAGUGGCCGGUCCUCGUCCUCGUGCACCCCGCACAGAGCAAAGACAGAGCCACAGCGGGAGGAAGGGGUCCCUGUCUCACGUCAGAAAGUGGGCUCCGGGAGCUGGCUGCAAACUGCCCCUCUCAGUGGCAGCGCCCUGUGGCAUGGAAGCUCUGUAGACCUGAGAAUGCCACUUCCUUCGCCACUGCACCCUGUCAAGCUCGCUCUAAGUAUGCCAAUGCUUUUGUAAAACUUUUGUUUUAUUUCAUUUUGAGGCUUUUGUAAAACUUUGGAACAUGAAUUUAGCUGCAAAAUAGAGCUUUGCAAGUUCGCAAAGUCAAGAAGCAGUUCAUACUUCUCAGAUUUGGUAUUGAGCACAAUUUUGAGACACAGUUAAUGCUGUUUGGACAUUGAGUUUUCCAUGGACCAUCGCUGGAGAAGACAAAAGCUUUCCCUUGUGAUGUGGGUCAGUUGGAUUGUGUCUAAGGAUCGGUGCAAUAUUAAGCUGUGCAAUAGAGGCCCUCGGCGCGAUGCCUUUUAUUGGAAAGUGGAGCGGUUUGGAAGAGCUUCCCUCACCGAUCGCUCCCCGGGCAUCCCUCCCCUUUUACGUGUGAUUGCAGAGUCUAUCAAUAAGCUUUUUGCUCUUACAAGGUAAUUUACAUAUUGGCCUGCUGUUGAAGUAACUGCAAAUGUUGAAUCUACGAGUUGUUUAUGUCUUGUAUACAGAGUGUCAUAUGUAUUUAAGUUGUGUAUUUUUAUAUAAAGUAAAGCCAAAUAUCAUACA